AAGACACACAUUCGAUCUUUUCUACACAUAGAAUCCGAAAAUCUACGAUGACAUCUCAGAAAGAUAACCUUCACAAGGCUGCACAAGACUUCUCACUACUAGAUCAAUGCUUUCCCAGGCAUCAUCGGCACACAGAAGCAGGCCUCGGUCUUAUCAUGGGGUGGACUACUACUACCAGGUAUCCUGAAUAUGAAGAUCAGUACCAUGUUCAGUUCCAGAAUCAAAACUUUCAUUAUUUGAGACCUCCAGCCAAAGAGCGAUGGUAUGUCUGCAGUUUACCCCAAAUUCCAACUGGAAAGAGGAGUGUUAUUACAAGUGACCAGGCAGCUAAAAACUAUGGUGGUUACUUAAUUAGGGAUUAUUAAGGUACUAGUAACGACUAUACCAACUACUACUCGCUAAGUAGUUGUCUAGGCAUGAAAAUUGUAUAAUAUCUAUGCUCGUAAGGUUGUGAUGCUUGAUUAAAUAAUAAAUCUCUCUCUUUCUCAAGAUUUGGCUUUCACAACACGGGCAAGAACUGCUGACAAAAUCUUGCAGCUACCGUAGUUGUUUCUUGCCAUGGUAAAUGUUUAGAAGAAAUCAGAUUGAAACUA